GUGUGCAGCGGAACGUCCCUGACCGCCGGGUGACAGUGUUACAAUGUAACAGGCGGCUGGGAAGCGAUCCAGUGUGACGGGCUGCCGCUGGGAGAUGGCCGGACGGAGCUCUCCGGGGACAGCAGGUCUUUGAAGUUGUUGUCUGGCCUCUCUUCGCCUUCCUUAUGUGCUUUAGCUGAGUUGUAGGUGUUUAAGAUGGACGAUCUUCAUCCUGGGAUGUAUUGAACUGGUUGGUCCUCGGUAGUUGGGACGAAUUUUGUCAGUAUGACCGGGUCCAGUUCCAGCUUCCUUCGUGCUCACAGCAAGCACUGCCACACACACCAGCAGAAUGUUGGCACAAAGACUACAAAGCCCGCUCGGUCCCGGAGUCUUCAUGACCAUCCUCUGGCUGCCUCCCUUACACCUGCCCCAGCCAGCGCCUCGGGCAACAGCUCGGGUGGCUAUUCAGAGGAAGAGGAUAAGGAGCCUGGGAGUUUGUUUUAUGUCAACAAAAGUGGCUUUCCCAUCGACAGCCAAACCUGGGAGCGAAUGUGGGCUCAUGUGGCCAAAAUCCAUCCUGGAGGCAAAGACAUGGUGGACAAGAUACGAAAUUCAAGCCUGCUUCCCAAGCCCGCAGUACCGUCCGUGCCAAACUACAAGGCGUCCAUGACCAUCCCAGACUGGCUUCAAGCAGUGCAGAAAUACAUGAAGACAUUGCAAUAUAACCACACUGGAACACAGUUCUUUGAAAUUAGGAAGACCAGACCGAUAAGUGGGUUAAUGGAGACGGCCCGUGAAAUGACCAGAGAAUCCUUACCUAUUAAGUGUCUGGAAGCCGUUAUUCUGGGAAUAUAUCUGACGAAUGGACAGGCGAGUGUGGAGCGGUUCCCCAUCAGCUUUAAAACUCAGUUCUCAGGGAACUAUUUUCACCAUGUCGUGCUGGGGAUUCACUGCAAUGGACGCUACGGCACGCUGGGAAUGAGCCGGAGAUCAGACCUCAUGGACAAACCCUUGACUUUUCGGACUCUAAGUGAACUCAUUUUUGACUUUGAAGACUCUUACAGAAAGUAUUCGCACACAGUCAAGAAAGUCAAAAUUGGCUUGUAUGUUCCCCACGAUCCCCACACCUUUCAGCCCAUUGAAUGGAAGUAUCUUGUCAUCAACAUGGGGAAGAUGGUGAGAGCAGACAUCAAGAAGGAGCUGGAGAAGCAUGCCCGGGACAUGAGAAUGAAGAUUCUGAAGUCGUCCUGUGUUCAGUCACCUGUGAAGGAGAGAAGAGGAAAGUCUGUUUCCCCUCCCAGAAUCCGUAUCAGUCCCCAGAGAAGAGUCUGCAGGAGAGACAAGUCGCCGGCAAUGAUGGACAAGACACCAGCAGACCUCAGCACUCUGAAUGACGUCGGAUACCAAAUUCGUAUUUAACCAGGAAGUGACGCAAGAAUCCCGGGUGCUUCCCUUUGCACUUUACCCCAUCCACCCCGUCUUUUUUUUUUUCUAAAGAUCUGUGACUAUUUAU